AAUACUUUGGAGGCCAUGUGCAUAUCCUGUUCAGUGGUUUUCCAUCAAGUCCAUCUGCAAUGGCGACCCAACCUAAAGUACCCCGUCCCAGUAAUGAUACUGGUGCUGAUGGAGAACUAAGUUCGACUAACACUCUCAUCGAUGAGAUAGAGGAAGUACAAAAUGCCAUUGACAAUCUCAAUGAGCAAGCCAGUGAAGAGAUCCUAAAAGUUGAACAGAAGUUCAAUAAGAUGAGACAACCUCACUUUGAGAAACGGUGUGAGCUGAUAUCCAAGAUCCCCAACUUUUGGCUCACUACGUUUAUUAAUCACCCUCAGUUGUCAGACUUGCUUACGAGCAAUGACGAGAAUGUAUUAAAGCAUUUGAAAAAGGUAGAAGUUCAAGAGUUUGAGGACAUAAAGUCCGGUUUCCGAAUUAACUUUCAUUUUGAGAAGAAUGAGUGGUUCAAGAACAGUGUGUUAACGAAAGAAUUCCAUUUAGGAGAUAGUGGCGAACCAUCUUCCACUUACACCAAGAUAGACUGGUAUCCGGGCAAAGAUCUGACAAGCAAUUCGUCUAAUUCUAAAAAGAACGGUGGUGAUCAAGCUAAGAAACGGACAUUUGAGGACCAGACGCAAGAUAGUUUCUUCUGCUGGUUUACAGAUGAAUCCUCAGUAUUUGGCGACGAACUGGGUGAAGUAAUAAAGGAUGACAUCUGGCCAAAUCCACUCCAAUAUUACCUCUCACCAGAUUUAGACGAGGAAAAUGGUAAGUGCUGUUUUUUCAAAUAGUCAUGACGUCUCAUCUCUACUGUAACUAAUACUCAUGGUUUAAUUUUGUUUAAGAAAACGAUGAAGAAGAUGAAGAUGACGAUGAUGAUCAGGAUCUCGACGAGGAUGAAACUGGUGUAGCGGAUGUUUAAAGAUCAUUGCAAUAUAUCAUUUCCAUUUAAACUUCAAUCUUUGUUUCCCAAACGUGUAUGUCUUCGCAUCUGCAUGGAACAAUAUUGAGACAUUGAUUUGUUGUACCAUGGCAAAAACAGACUGUUUCCACACUUGUACAUCGCGCCCCGGUUUUUAUGUUCCACUAAUGAAUACGCCUUUGUGUCAUUUUGCAUUUAAUUGUAGCUAUCGUCAUACCGAGGCAUAUUCAUGUGUCAUGUGUUGGCUUUAAUUUGACUGUUUUUAUCCAGGGAUCAGCGUUUUUGCCGUUGUUUCUGUUCCAGCCGCUAUGCGUCUUAAGAUUUUUGUAUCAACACUUUUCGAAACGUGAGGUCAUAUCUCAAACUUUGUUUCUAAUAAACAGUUAUGAAGGAUA